AUGCCAUCAGAUCCAGUACUGGGCUGGAUCUGGCCCAAAGACCCACGACCGGGGAACCCAUCCCACUGGCCAAAACGCUGGCGUUUCUUCGACGUGCUUCGCAACAAAGGGCCAGAUAUAUACGUUGGCGCCGUGCGGCCUGCAAAGAGCACAACCACCAAUGCGAAAGUCUCGUUGAGAACGAACUGGGCGCGAUGGGAGGAAGAGUUGGAUGCAAAUGAGACGCCGUUCCGCUGGGCCCGACGUGGAGCCGAGAGAUACGACUUUCGCAGGCGGAAAUACGCCGUCCCGGACCAUGGGACCUGGAGUCGGGUCGAGUAUUGUGAUGGUCGGAGAAAGGUUGAGGGGAAGUGGGUGUUAGGGAAGGAAGAGCGACAUGCUAUACCUCGUUGGUUUUGGGAUAAGAAUGGGGAAUUGUAUCCGGCAAACGAAUGGCAUGACGCUUUCUAUGGGGCGCACGAAGACCAGAAAAGGCCUGGGAGAGAUGAGAGGUGUUGUGGGAAGUAA